AUGUCGCUAUCCAAACUUCGGUUCCGCUUAUCAAAUAUCUUCGGGGCAUCCAGGUUGGCUCCCUUGAAGUCCGCAAAUUCACGCCAAAUCAUCGAAGAACCGAACUUCUACGAGCCCGGAGGGUUCCAUCACGUUUCCCUGGGCGACCGUCUCUCCGGUAAAUACACGGUGCUACGGAAACUGGGCUACGGACAGUAUUCCACGGUUUGGCUAGCGAAAGAUUCUCAACACCAGCGAUAUGUCGCCCUCAAAAUUCUAAGGGCCGAUUGUUAUGGUGGACCUCGUGAUAUUUUCGAAAAGGAGGUCCUGUCCAAGAUCGCUCUGGUUUCCAAGUCUAGCACCCAUGAAGGGCGUCGCCACGUAUCUCCCCUUCUCGAUCAGUUUCGGCAUACAGGACCAAAUGGCAACCAUGUAUGUUUUGUCUUUGAUGUACAGGGCCAUCACAUGGACUUUCAAGCCGCCAAAUAUGAAGAUGGGAAGCUGCCCUUGCAGUCAGUGAGAACAAUCGCCCGUCAGCUUCUGCUGGGGCUGGAUUUCCUCCACCGGGAGUGUGGGGUGAUUCACACCGACCUGAAACCAACCAAUAUACUUCUUGAAUUGGACAACGCGGAUAGUGUCAUCUCUCGGUAUCUGUCAGAAGUUCCACCGCGGAUGGACUCUGAACGCGACCCCCCGGUGCCUCUUCGAGAAGUCAUCACAACCCCUCUAUUAUCAGAAAUCAAGGAACCCCGCAUUCAGAUAAUUGACUUUGGUGUGGCAUCUUGGAGACAUCACCACUUAUCCGAGUUGAUUCAGUCACCAGCUCUGAGAGCCCCGGAAGUAACGAUUGGCGCCCCUUGGGAUACGCCGGUCGAUAUAUGGAGUCUUGGCUGCCUUAUCGUAGAGUUUGUCCAAGGGUUCGUGCUUUUCUCCGGUAAAGCGUCAAAGAAUGGGACCUGGACUGCCGAGGACGAUCGGGUAGCUAGAAUCAUGGAAAUCCUCGGCCCGUUUCCAUCGUCGUUUCUUCACCGAGGAACUCGCACAGCAGAGCUCUUUGAUGAAAAAGGAAACCUUCACCGAAUCCCAGACCUGAAACGCACGAGCCUCGAGCGACUUCUGAACGGCACCACCAAGCCUUUCCUCAAGCCAGUCGACAUGUCCGAUGCUGAAGUGCCCGUCUUUAUCGAUUUCAUUCGAGGCAUGCUUCAGAUCGACCCGCAGCUUCGGAAGUCGGCUGCAGAUCUGUUGGAACACAAAUGGUUAAAGCUGUAG